AUGUCGGGCUCAGCUGCAGCUCACUGUCUGUGCAACAAAUCGCGGCGAACCAUGCCAAUUGUGGGGAAUCUGGGAAUCUCUCACGUCAGAUGCUACGUGAACGACACUGCAUUUGGUGCCUGUCGAAGUGUGUCGCUUAGAACUAGGAAACCACAGCCGACAGCAUAUCGAAUUGCCUCGACAGCAUCUCUCAAGCAUGCUGUUGUCCUUCCGGCGGAACCUGCUAUCGAAGAAGAGCAGAUUCCGGACUAUAAUCUCCACAAUUUUUACCCUGCGAAUCCCGGCGAAUUUCUUAACAAGAGGUACAAAACAAUUGUGAAGCUCGGGUGGGGUAGCUCUUCUACCGUUUGGCUUGCUCGAGAUAUUAAACAUCAGAGAUGGCGGUCGAAACGUUACGUAGCUUUAAAGAUCAACAAUUGCGAUUUCGACGACAAAAAUGCAGCUCAGCAUGAGCUGCAGAUAUCCAAGACUGUGGCUACUACGAACCCGCUGCACAGAGGCUUUCCCUAUGUGCGAACGCUCUUCAAUAGCUUCGAAAUAGCGGGUCCAGACGGCUCACAUAUAUGCUUGGUUUAUGAGCCCAUGAGGGAGCCACUCUGGUUGUUCCAAAGGCGCUGCAGAGAUGGGAAACUCUCCUUAGCUUUGGUCAAAGUUUAUUUGACCUUCUUGCUACGGGGGCUAGACUAUCUUCACUCCGAGUGUCACAUUGUCCAUACAGAUCUCAAAUCGGAAAAUAUCUUACUUGAAUUCGAGGACGGUUCAGUAAUCAAUGAAUUUGUCCGGUUGCAAGGGUCCAAUCCUAUGGCUCGCAAGAUCAAAGAUGGCCGAGUUACCUAUCAAUCACACAACCAAUUUGGCUCGCUGAAGUCGUUUGGUAUACUCCCAAAGAUAGCCGAUUUUGGCCACUCCAACAUAAUAAUUGAUUCUCGUCGCAAUAUUCAUCCAAUUCAACCUGAUCACUACCGUGCCCCUGAAGUCGUUCUUGGAAUAGGCUGGUCCUACAGUGCUGAUAUUUGGAAUCUUGGCGUACUGAUGAUAGCACUUUUGGGCCAUCCUCCCAAAGAAUUUGUUGACCGGGAAAGAGAAGCACGCAUUUGGAAAUGGAAACCUCCGGUUGAAAACUCUGAAGGUAGAAUUUGUACGAGCGUUAGUGAUUACUUUGGAGGCCCUUUCUUCGACUCCAAUGGCGAGUUUCUGCAUAAAGAGCUCAUUCCAGGAGAUCUUAAUUUACGCGACAGUACCCCUUCUCUACAAGGGGGAGAAAAAGAAUUAUUUUUGGAAUUUGUAGGUAAAAUGCUUCAGUGGAUGCCGGAAAACAGGAAGACAGCGAAUGAGCUGCUUGGAGAUCCGUGGCUCCUCCGAGAUGCGCCAUCAAAACGGUGA